AUGGUCAAUGAGGCUGGCGUUACUGGUGCCGCCACCACCGCCAAGGUUGAUGAUGACAACAAGGAAGAUGAAGAGGGGAGUGAGAACGUGGGUGAAGACGGAGAUGAUAGUGACGGCAGUGACAGUGGGCUAACUUCAUCUCAGUGGUCAGUCCAACUUGAAGUGCAUCCCCAACAGCCAUGGUUACAGGUUCCUUUGGGUGCACGGAAACGCAACAUAGAGCUGACUAUCAUUUGGCUUUCAGCCUAG